AUGUCUCUCCCAUUCACAUACCACGCCAAUGCUCAAACCGAGUUUAAGCCUCCUCUCAUUGCCAACGAGAAUGCAUUCCUCGGUGAUGUGUCAGUAUCUACCGACGAAGCUGCACCACUAUCAGCUGGUUUCUACAGAUUAGAAAAGGGUACACCAUUGAUCUACGAAUACACAUAUCAUGAGAUGAAGAUUAUCGUUGAUGGAGAGUUUGAUAUUAGUGAUGAGACUGGACAGAAGGUUCAUGCCACCAAGGGCGAUGUUUUCUACUUUCCAAAGGGAAGCAAGAUUACUUUCACUACAGAAACUUUCGGGUUGGGAUUCUUCGUUGGACAGAGAAAGACUGGAACCGCAUAA